GACGACUCCAUUUUGGUUGGCUCGUUGAAGUCUGUCUAUUGUGUUAUCCGUUUGCCAACGCUGGAUCCCAAUAUCUCAGAAUAUCCGGAGAAGUUUUUGAAUUUCCCACAUGCAGUUGGCUUUCCUUCCAAAACUCCAAUGAACAGGAUGCCUUCUGCGGUUGCGAGUGGUGGGUCUCAGCCUCUCCAUAUGCAACCAGUUCACUCAGGCCCGGUGAUAUCAAGUUCUCUAAAUUUGCCAAACACCCUCCCACCUGGAAUGCUCCAUUCGGGUCAUGGUAUCCAAAUGUCUGGUCCUCAUGACCGUGAGCCUGCUACACCAGCUUCAGGUUCUGGACCAAUACCAGGCCAUUAUUUCUCCACUCUUGGUAUGAAUCCUGGUUCCCCUCAUCCUAUCCCAAAUAUGGUCCCACAUGGUCAUCCUAGCCAGUUCCAUCACCAUCCACUACUAUCAUUGAAUCGACUACCGCAUUUGAUAGGUCAACCAGAGCUACGGAUAUUUGAAAUGAAUAAGCGAUUACAACAGCGCAGCGACGACUGUGAUAGUUUGUGGUGGGAGUCAUUUGCUACUGACUUUUUUGAAGAUGACGCAACACUUACUCUUGCCUUUUUGACGGAAGAGGGUCCAAAAAGUUACACAAUCGGGCGAACGCUCAUUCCUCGUUAUUUUCGCAGUAUAUUUGAAAGUGGAUGCGGUGAACUUUAUUACAAUCUUAGAUUGAACCAUGAAUAUUUUCAUCAUCCAAUUUUAACUCUGGAUUCAGAAUCUGCAACGAUGACUAUGACUAUGGUUAGAUCUAUUCCUGUUACGGUUGUUGUGGAAGGUCGAUUAACACUCGAUUUCGCUUUUGAUGAUUUAAUGAGGAUUCGAUCGUGGAUUUUUCUCAUCCGAACUCAUCGUGAAAUGAUAAUGCGCUCAAUGCUUGGCAUUCAAGACCCAGCUUUUUUAGAUCAACUAUCCAAGAACAUUACCAGAUACGGCAUGACAAAUACCACACUCAAUUUCUUUCGAUUAUGUAUAAUUCUGGAACCAAUGCAAGAACUGAUGUCGCGUCAAAAGGCAUAUAGUCUUACACCCCGUGAUUGCCUUAAAACCACUUUAUUUCAGAAAUGGCAGAGAAUGAUGCCCCAAGAAGCUACGCGCCAACCUAGCAAACGACGUAAGCGUAAAGGUAGUUCAGCAACAACUGAAGGUGCAAAUAAUACAAGUCGAACAUCAAAGCGCAAACAGUCACCUAUUCCGCUACAAUCCCAUCAUAUUGCUCAACCUGGGGAUGUGAUGAUUGUUGGUGAACCAACUCUUAUGGGUGGGGAUUUUGGUGAUGAGGAUGAACGUUUGAUAACUCGAUUAGAAAAUACUCAAUAUGAUGCCGUGGCUGCUGCUGCAGCCAAUUCAGGCGUUAUGGCUUCGCAUAUAAAUUCUGGCCCUUUUCCCGGCUCUGGCGAUUCUCCUGCUGGUAUCAUAUCUUCCCCAUUAGGUUUAAGUUCAGGAGGAAACAUGUUAAAUUCUAACCAACCACAGCAACAGAUAAACUCCCUUCAGUUUCGUGCGGGUCCAAUGUCUUCAGGUGGAUCAAAUCAGAGUAUGCCACAUGAAGGUGUUUUUCCCGGUAAUCUUACUUCUUUGCAACAGAAUCAACCAGUUUCUAUGCCUCCUAGUCAAUCGUUUUAUUCAAGUUCAGCGCCAAAUAGAAAUUUGCAUCAUCACUCUCAAAUGAUGGGACAACAAUUUAUGCCAGUAUUUACCAAAGCCCAAAUGUCAGCUUCUAAUAUGCUUAAUAGAGGUGAUCACUAUAUGCCAUCAGGAAAUGGAGAUGCCAUGCAUCAACCAACUCGGUCAAGUAGUGCUUCGUCUUUAGUUGACGGUACAAAUGGUUUGAGUGGGUUCCCUCACUGUGCCUCCCCCAGUCUUCUUCCCUCAAGACCUCCUGCACGUUUCACCCCGCCUUCUCUUCCGAAUGGGUUAGGUUCUUCGGUUGUAUCAUCUCAACAGUCAAGCUUUAUGAUGCCAAAUGAAGUGAUGGGCAGUGGAGGUACGCAAAUGGGACAUGUCUCUGUUCCCGGUACCCCUUUGACUUCCCCACUGACCUCCUCCUCUUUUGCAAUGGAUAUGAUGGAUAAUCAAAAUGUUCUUCAUUCUGCACCCUCAACUUUGAUUUCUACAACUAUCAAGUCAAAUAAUUCUCCUAUGCUGUACAAUUCAAUCGGAACAAGCUGUAGUGGAAAUCAGUCGACUCCAGAGUCUAUAAUGCACCCGACAAUAAGUGGUAUAGGAUGCGAUGUUUCUUCGGCUGUGAUGAAUGAUAAUGAAGAUCUUAAGAUGAUUAAUAAUAAUGGCGCACCCUCACGUCCCACUGCUGCUGAAUCAAUGUGAAUUGAGAUCUCUGGAAGAAAGCAUCACAAUGGAGCUAUACUGCAUUUUACUAAGUGGAUAUAAUUUCCAUUUUUUCCACUGGCUAUCAAGCGAAACUAAUUACGAACUUUGCACAAAGAUAAACGAUACUCUACAACUCCAACUGAUCCAUCCAAACACUAUCUUGUUCAUUGGUAUUUUUUUGUUCAACGACUAAUUAUUCACCAAGCAUAUAUAUAUAUAUAUAUAUAUAUAUAUAUAUAUAUAUAUAUAUAUGCCAAAUCGUGAGCUCAUUUUCUUCUACAAAUGUCUAAUUUACAACCUCUUUCAUUGCCAAAUAAGUAACUAUUCCUUUCUCUACACUUCCCCAAAUCUUCAGUAAUUCUACUUCAUAUUUUCAUUUGUACAUAUUUUUUGCAUAUGUACCCAUGAAUAUAUAUAUAUAUAUAUAUAUAU